AUGAAUAGUGAUGAAAGGAAAAAAUUUAAUAUGCAAGACAAUGAAGAAAGUAUUUUAACGGGACCUCUUACUUUAGAUGAUAUAUUACCCAAAGAAAGAGAUCUAACAAUUUUCGUCGAUUUCUUGAAAGCGUCUAAAGACCUGUCUAAUCUCAUCGCAAAUUCAGAUAUAUCCCUCACACUCUUUGCACCUACCAAUUCAGUUUUUCGUAACUUAACUCACAAACCAAGUCAAGUUACGAGUCAAUCAGAAGAUCCAACAGAAAAAGUACAACAAUUUGCUUUAAGAUAUGUUGUGCCAUCAUCUCUUUCGGAUGAUGAACUGUUAGAUACCUUUAAAGAGGGUUCAAAAAUUAAGGUGGAAAAGAAUGAGGACGGUUCUUAUAAAUUAAAUGGAAGGAUAAAUACGAUUUCAAGGUUGGAAGCCGAAAAUGGGGUUGUUUACAAGAUUGACGGAAUUUUAGAUGAUGAAUAA